ACCUUGCGCGACUGGUAGCGCCGCUAUUUGCUCGCUCUCUCGCUCCCUCCCUCCCCCCCGUUCCUUGCGGCUGCGCCCUCUUUUCCCGGCCUUGAAGCAACAGCAGCUGUAGCAACCUCGACGCCGCUGCCGCUUCCUCCUCUGUAAACCACUCGGCUCCGGCCUUGACGUCGUUUCCUUCCAACAUGGCGAGGACGGGAGGCUGCUGCUUUCGCCGCCGCCGCCGCUGCCGCUCUCGCUUCUGCCGCUGCUUCUAAUGGAGGCUGAGGCAAACGGGCAGCGCUGCGUUCUUGCGAGACCCGAUUCGUCCCUCCUCAGCGUCGAGCAGGGGCUGCGGUAGCCGCCUGGUCAGAGCCGGGUUUCGGUUUCGUCCGAAGAGGGGAGACCCUUUCCCGGGAAGUCUCCUCGGGUCUCAGCCGGCGGAGCCCUGAGAGUCACCCCCGCUCAUCCUCCCCUUUCCCCUCACUUUCAGCGCGCCCUCAUGUAUGAGGGGAAGAAAACGAAGAAUAUGUUCCUGACACGGGCUUUGGAGAAGAUCCUGGCCGACAAGGAGGUGAAGAAGGCGCAUCAUUCCCAGCUGCGCAAAGCCUGCGAGGUGGCUUUAGAGGAAAUAAAAACAGAAACUGGAAAACAAAGUCCACCUCAUGGAGAAGCAAAACCUGGCUCAAGCACUCUUCCACCAGUGAAAUCAAAGACUAACUUUAUUGAAGCAGACAAGUACUUCUUACCAUUUGAAUUGGCAUGUCAAUCCAAGUGUCCCAGAAUUGUUAGUACAUCAUUAGAUUGUUUGCAGAAACUUAUAGCCUAUGGGCAUUUGACUGGUAAUGCUCCAGAUAGCACUGCUCCUGGGAAAAAGUUGAUUGAUAGAAUUAUUGAAACAAUAUGUGGCUGCUUUCAAGGUCCACAGACAGAUGAAGGUGUUCAACUACAAAUUAUAAAGGCUCUAUUAACAGCAGUAACAUCUCAACACAUAGAGAUACAUGAAGGGACUGUGUUGCAAGCUGUGAGAACAUGCUACAAUAUUUAUCUUGCAAGCAAGAAUCUCAUAAAUCAAACCACAGCCAAGGCCACUCUCACACAAAUGUUGAAUGUAAUAUUUGCACGCAUGGAAAACCAAGCGCUUCAAGAAGCCAAGCAAAUGGAGAAAGAGAGACAUCGACAACAGUAUCACCUGCAGCAAUCUCCUUUAAGCCAUAAUGAGCCUGAAUCACCUCAAUUAAGGCAUCUUUCAGAGGAGACUGUUGAUCAAUUAUCCCAGGACCAUUUGGAGCAUCAUACAAAUGAUGUGGACAAAAGCCUUCAAGAAGAUACAGAAGGAGAAAAUGGGUCUGAUAUUUCUAGUGCAGAAAAUGAACAGACAGAAGCUGAUCAAGCAACAGUAGCAGAAACUCUCACUAAAAAUGAUGCAGGGUCAUAUGAUGGAGAAAGUAACCAAUGUGAAGAAACAGCUCAGGAUGUUGUACAGAGUAUAGUCCAGGAAAUGGUCAACAUAGUAGUAAGAGAUAUAGGUGAGAGAUUUACUGAAAAGAUUGUGGUUGAUGGACCAAUAGGUACUUUAGAGGAUGGUAGUGAUAGUGAAAAUAUCCAGGCAAAUGGAAUUCCUGGGACACCUAUUUCUGUUGUGUAUACACCAUCAUUACCUGAUGACAGGUUAUCUGUCUCUUCCAAUGAUACUCAGGAAUCUGGAAAUUCUUCAGGACCUACACCUGGUGCUAAAUUUUCCCAUAUUUUACAAAAGGAUGCCUUUCUAGUAUUCAGGUCACUGUGUAAACUAUCUAUGAAGCCUUUGUCAGAUGGACCACCUGAUCCAAAGUCGCAUGAAUUGCGGUCAAAAAUCCUUUCACUGCAGUUGCUCCUAUCUAUUUUGCAAAAUGCAGGACCUGUUUUUAGGACAAAUGAAAUGUUUAUUAAUGCUAUUAAGCAGUACCUUUGUGUAGCAUUGUCUAAAAAUGGAGUUUCAUCUGUUCCAGAAGUAUUUGAACUUUCCCUUUCUAUAUUCCUGACUUUACUUUCAAAUUUUAAGACACAUUUGAAGAUGCAAAUUGAGGUUUUCUUCAAAGAGAUUUUUCUAUAUAUUUUAGAAACUUCCACUAGCUCCUUUGAUCAUAAAUGGAUGGUUAUUCAAACAUUGACGCGGAUAUGCGCAGGUAAUGCUCAGAGUGUAGUAGACAUUUAUGUAAAUUAUGACUGUGAUUUAAAUGCUGCAAAUAUUUUUGAAAGACUAGUUAAUGAUCUAUCUAAGAUUGCUCAAGGAAGAGGCAGCCAAGAACUUGGCAUGACCAGCAUUCAGGAAUUAAGUUUGAGAAAGAAGGGUCUUGAAUGUUUAGUAUCAAUACUGAAGUGCAUGGUGGAAUGGAGUAAGGAUCAAUAUGUAAAUCCCAACUCCCAAACAACCUUAGGACAGGAAAAACCCACUGAGCAAGAAAGUACUGAAACCAAACAUCCUGAGACAAUUAACAGAUAUGGGAGCUUGAAUUCCCUAGAUUCCACAGCUUCCUCUGGAAUUGGUAGCUAUAGCACCCAGAUGUCUGGUACAGACAAUCCAGAGCAAUUUGAGGUUCUAAAGCAACAGAAAGAAAUAAUAGAACAAGGAAUAGAUUUAUUUAAUAAGAAGCCAAAGAGAGGAAUUCAGUAUCUACAAGAACAAGGAAUGCUUGGUAUUACUUCUGAAGAUAUUGCCCAGUUCUUGCAUCAAGAAGAAAGAUUAGACUCUACUCAAGUUGGAGAGUUUCUAGGAGACAAUGAUAAAUUUAACAAGGAAGUUAUGUAUGCAUAUGUGGAUCAGCAUGACUUUUCUGCGAAGGAUUUUGUUUCUGCUCUGCGUAUGUUUUUGGAAGGCUUCCGUCUUCCAGGAGAGGCUCAGAAAAUAGAUAGAUUAAUGGAGAAAUUUGCUGCUAGAUACUUGGAAUGUAAUCAAGGGCAAACUCUGUUCGCUAGUGCAGACACUGCAUAUGUCUUGGCGUAUUCAAUUAUUAUGUUGACAACAGAUCUCCAUAGCCCACAGGUAAAGAAUAAAAUGACCAAAGAACAAUACAUUAAGAUGAACAGAGGUAUCAAUGAUAGUAAGGAUCUUCCUGAAGAAUAUCUGUCAGCUAUUUAUAAUGAAAUAGCAGGAAAGAAGAUCUCAAUGAAGGAAACAAAAGAACUAACAAUACCCACAAAAACAAGUAAACAAAGUGUAGCUAGUGAAAAGCAGAGAAGACUACUUUAUAAUUUAGAAAUGGAGCAAAUGGCUAAAACAGCUAAAGCUUUGAUGGAAGCAGUAAGCCACGUUCAAGCUCCUUUUACAAGCGCAACACACUUGGAACAUGUAAGACCCAUGUUCAAGUUAGCCUGGACACCAUUCCUAGCCGCAUUCAGUGUGGGUUUGCAAGAUUGUGAUGACACAGAAGUUGCCUCUCUUUGCCUGGAAGGAAUUCGUUGUGCAAUCAGGAUAGCAUGCAUUUUCAGUAUCCAGCUUGAGAUGGAUGCUUAUGUCCAAGCACUAGCAAGAUUUACUUUACUUACUGUGAGUUCUGGUAUAACUGAAAUGAAGCAGAAGAAUAUUGACACAAUAAAAACACUAAUUACUGUGGCUCACACCGAUGGAAAUUAUUUGGGAAAUUCUUGGCAUGAGAUUUUGAAAUGCAUCAGUCAGCUUGAAUUAGCACAAUUAAUAGGUACUGGAGUAAAACCACGUUACAUAUCUGGGACUGUGAGAGGCCGAGAAGGUUCAUUUACAGGAACAAAGGAUCAGGCUCCUGAUGAAUUUGCAAGCCUAGGACUUGUUGGAGGAAAUAUGGACUGGAAGCAGAUUGCAAGUAUUCAAGAAUCUAUUGGAGAAACUAGUUCACAAAGUGUUGUUGUUGCUGUAGACAGAAUAUUUACAGGAUCUACUAGACUAGAUGGAAAUGCUAUUGUGGAUUUCGUCAGAUGGCUUUGUGCUGUUUCUAUGGAUGAAUUAUUGUCUGCAACUCAUCCCCGGAUGUUCAGCCUACAAAAAAUAGUAGAGAUUUCUUACUAUAACAUGGGGCGAAUAAGGCUACAGUGGUCUAGAAUAUGGGAAGUUAUUGGAGAUCAUUUCAAUAAGGUUGGCUGUAAUCCCAAUGAAGAUGUAGCUAUUUUUGCCGUAGAUUCCUUAAGGCAAUUAUCAAUGAAGUUCUUAGAAAAAGGGGAACUUGCUAAUUUCCGUUUCCAAAAGGAUUUCUUAAGACCAUUUGAACACAUCAUGAAGAGAAAUAGAUCACCAACCAUUCGUGACAUGGUUGUCCGUUGCAUAGCCCAGAUGGUAAAUUCCCAAGCAGCAAAUAUACGAUCAGGUUGGAAGAACAUUUUCUCCGUUUUUCAUUUGGCUGCAUCUGAUCAGGAUGAAAGUAUAGUGGAACUGGCAUUUCAGACUACCGGCCACAUUGUCACAAUUGUGUUUGAAAAACAUUUCCCAGCAACCAUAGAUUCCUUCCAGGAUGCAGUAAAAUGCUUGUCUGAAUUUGCAUGUAAUGCAGCUUUUCCUGACACAAGUAUGGAAGCUAUUCGCCUUAUUCGUCAUUGUGCAAAAUAUGUAUCGGAAAGACCUCAGGCUUUCAGAGAAUAUACUAGUGAUGACAUGAAUGUUGCUCCAGAAGACAGGGUGUGGGUGAGAGGCUGGUUUCCAAUUCUCUUUGAGCUGUCCUGUAUUAUCAAUAGAUGCAAAUUAGAUGUAAGAACCAGAGGUUUAACGGUUAUGUUUGAAAUAAUGAAAACAUAUGGUCAUACAUAUGAAAAGCAUUGGUGGCAGGAUUUGUUUCGAAUAGUCUUCCGAAUAUUUGACAAUAUGAAGUUACCAGAACAGCAAACAGAGAAAGCGGAGUGGAUGACAACAACUUGCAAUCAUGCACUUUAUGCAAUUUGUGAUGUAUUCACACAGUAUUUAGAAGUACUUAGUGAUGUUCUUUUGGAUGAUAUAUUUGCUCAGCUGUACUGGUGUGUUCAGCAAGACAAUGAGCAACUAGCACGGUCUGGUACAAACUGUUUAGAGAAUGUUGUCAUUCUGAACGGGGAAAAGUUUACCCUUGAAAUCUGGGAUAAGACUUGCAACUGUAUGCUGGAUAUCUUCAAAACCACUAUUCCCCAUGCGCUUUUAACUUGGCGACCAGUGGGAGAAGAUACUGCUCCUCCAUCUCCAUCUUCUGGAAGAGAGAAACAGCUGGAUGCCACAUCACAAAAAUCUGUAGAUAUCCAUGAUUCUGUGCAACCAAAAUCGUUAGAUAGACGUCAGUUUCAGCCUAUUGUAGGGUUGCCUGCAAAUGAGGAGGUCAGCAAAAACAAACCUAUAGCAAAAUUUCCAGAUCAGAAACUGUUUGGUGCGCUGUUAAUCAAAUGUGUGGUACAACUGGAACUUAUUCAAACAAUAGACAACAUUGUCUUUUUCCCAGCAACCAGCAAAAAAGAAGAUGCAGAGAAUCUAGCUGCAGCACAGAGGGAUGCAGUAGACUUUAAUGUUCAUGUGGACACACAAGAUCAAGGAAUGUAUUGUUUUUUAACAUCACAGCAGCUUUUCAAACUGCUGGAUUGUUUAUUAGAAUCUCAUAAAUUUGCUAAAGCUUUCAACUCAAAUAACGAGCAAAGAACUGCACUUUGGAAAGCAGGUUUCAAAGGGAAAUCAAAGCCCAAUCUUUUAAAACAGGAGACUAGCAGUCUUGCCUGUGGGUUACGUAUACUCUUCCGCAUGUACAUGGAUGAAAGUCGAAAAGAUGCCUGGGAAGAAGUGCAACAACGAUUACUAAAUGUCUGCAAGGAAGGUCUCAGCUACUUCCUCACUUUGACCUCAGAGAGUCACCGGGAAGCUUGGACUAGCCUGUUACUUUUAUUCUUAACAAAGGUUCUGAAAAUAAGUGAUGAUCGGUUCAAAGCUCAUGCAUCUUUCUACUAUCCUCUUUUGUGUGAAAUAAUGCAAUUUGAUCUGAUUCCUGAGCUCCGGGCUGUUUUGAGAAGAUUUUUUCUACGAAUUGGAGUUGUUUUCCAAAUAUCUCAGCCAGCUGAUCAAGAGGAAGAUACAGCCAAACAGUAGAAGUAUAACUAAGGAAACUAAGAACCAAAUCAACUUGCACUGGAUGUUCAUAAUGAGGGUCUCUGUAUGGCAGUGUGUGCAUCUACGGGUUCACAGUAUAGAGUAAAGCUGUAACUUAGGCUUGCAAAACUUUUAAUUCUCCAGUAGAUUUUUCUUUUUCCCUUUCCUGGCUUAUGCUGAGCAUCGAGCCAGUUUUAAACAGUCUUAUUGUCAGCUUGGACUGUGAUGUCCUGUUAUUCAGACAUGCAUACAUAUGUGUAUGUGUGGGCAUAUGUAUGUUUAUGAUGGCUGUGAACUUAAAGAUAUGUACCCAAAAAACUAACACUUUAAAAGUUUGAACUUCCAUAGAGUACAACUCAGGAGAAUUGUAUUUGAAAGAAUGGUUUGUACUCAGAGCACAGGAAAACACUAGUGAAGAGAUCUAGCAACUUUAUGGAAUUCUUAUUCUGAAAAAAAAUCUGCAAACUCAAGCUGAGAUAUAGGUAAUAAUUCUUCAGUGAAAAAACAGUGCAGGUCUGUAAUAUAAAUUACAAACACUAUAUAGUUCUUCCUGCAUUCUUUUAUGAUUUCAUAGAAACCCAUACAUUUGUUUACCAAAUGCACUAGUCUGAGUUUAUGUUGUGAUUGAUUUGGUCUGUGUCCUAACUUUAGUGAAGGGCAGAGAUUGAAAAAGUCACAACUGGCUUAACUGUUUGUAAUAUACUUGUGAUAGGGCUUUUAAAUAUAAUAAGCCAUUGCAACGAUCUUUCUGGGCUGGAACUUGAAUCACUGCAAAUGAGUCUAGGUUUUAUCUUAUGUCACCUUUUUUGGGGGGGUUGUUUGAUGUAGAUUUCACUCUGUGUACAGAAUGUAAUGUUAAAUAUAUUCAAGUAACAAAUUUGGCAUGGUUUAGGGACGGUUUUAAAUUUAUUGGAAAUGUAUUCAUACUGUGAAUUGUGCUCUGAUGGUUAAAGAAAAGAUUGUCAAGCAUUCUGUCUUACAGUGGAUGUAGAAAAAUUUUUCAGAUGGAAAAAUGUAUAUGGUACAGCUCUGUAAAGUUUUCUAUGUAAAUUCUGUACAACUUUCUGUACAAUAUUGGUUCUCAUCUGGCAUAUUCUAAUCAGGUUAUAAGUCAAUAAAGUUUUUGAAUUCUUUCAUCGGUGCAAUGAAAACCAAUGCAAUGUAAAACUACUUGUUUUAAUGUUUCAAGAAACUUAAAAGUUUAACAAUGAUGGUUAACAGUGCUGAAGCAAACUGCCUUCAUCAUGUUUGCAAGUGAUUAAAGAAUUUAACUUAA